AGGGUUAACAGAGCUCCGGAGCAGCAGCCGGAGGGGCGGAGCGGCUGGCUGUUCUCUGCGGGGGGACGGAGCUUUCUCAGGCGGGAUGGAUCUGUCGCUACCCGGCGGCACUUCCUCUGAUCACCGGCCGGCAGGUGUUUGUUUGUCCGGACCUCCGGUGAAGAUGUCCGUCUCCGGGAUGAAGAAGCAGCUCCACAAAGCCAGCCAGCUGCUGAACGAGAGGCUGAUGGGAGCUGAAGGAACGAAGAUGGACGAGGACUUCCUGAAGAUGGAGAAGAGUGUUUUAGUGAUCAACUCUCUGCUGCUCGAGCUGAUCUCCAGAACCACCGAGGUCCUCCAACCAAACCCAGCGUACAGAGCCAAACUGAGCAUGCUCAACACCAUGUCCAGGAUCCGAGGACAGGGAAGGUCGGUGGGUUACCCGCAGACAGAGGGCAUGCUGGGAGAUUGUAUGUGUCAAUAUGGAUGCGAGCUCGGAGCGGCGUCUGAAUUCGGUGGUGCUCUAUCCGGUGUGGGUGAAGCUCUGCAACAGGUGGCUCAGGCCCGGGACGCCCUGGACGUCAACGUCAAACACAGCUUCAUUGACCCGCUGCAGGAUCUCCAGGACACCGAGCUGAAGGAGAUCAGGUUCCAUCUGAAGAAGCUGAACGGUCGCCGGCUCGAUUUCGACUACAAGAGGAGACGGAGGGGGAAAGUCCCGGCGGAGGAAGUGCGACAGGCCUGGGACAAGUUCAGCUCGUCUAAAGAGCAGGCGGAGAGGAGCAUGUUCGUCCUGCUGCAGAGCGACGUGGAUCAGCUCCGUCCUCUGGCCGCUCUGGUCUCUGAACUGUUGGACUUUCACCGUAACGCCCAACGUAUCAUGCUCAGUCUCCACGGCAACCUGCAAGCAAGGUUGACGGCGGCCUCGAACAGACCCGAGCGAAGGUUCAGACCCAAAAAGAUCCGGAUCAGAAGUGAACACAACGGCGGCCUCGGCCUCGGGUUCUACCACCAGCCGUCGCUCCCCUCCCCAGUUUCCUCAGCAGACGAGUUCACAGAGUUACCGUCCAGACCGGGAAGCCCCAUCUCCUGCUACGCUGACAGUAGGACGGUCCUGGAUCAGCCCUGUUGCCGGGCGAUGUACUCGUUCCACCCGAAACAGGAGGGCGAGCUGGACUUCAACGAGGGCGACAUCAUCAUCCUCACUAACCGCGUCGACGCCAACUGGUACGAGGGUGCGCUCGGCAGCAAGUCUGGGCUGUUCCCCGUCAGCUACGUGGACGUGCUGGUGCCUCUACCGUUACCAUGACAACACAC